AUGCCUAUGCUCUUUCCUCCGGUCCUUCUUUUCACAAGCUAUGCAAAUCUCCAAGGGUUCAAAAAGGAUAGUGCCGGGAUAAGCGCUGCAUGGUCGGGUCUCUAUCUCCUACUUGCCGGCCGUCGCCGACAACAAUUCAUGAAGAAAUGGGGGGCUCGGGGUAUCGUUCGCGGCAUGACCAUGGGUCUCUGCUUGGCCAACAUGGUGGGUGGUGGUCUGGCCUAUACACUGGGGAAGAGAGAAGAGGAGGAAGAUGAGUAG